AUGUCAACUGAAGUGUCCCAAUUGGCUCAGGCCAGGACGCUGGCCAUGCAAAAUAAGCCGGGAACAAUGCUUCCGAAGGUUUUAGAGACCGCUAUGUCGUUGUAUCGCUCCGCUGCAAACCCAUCCGCAGAAUUGGGCAGACUAUGUUCCAGGUUGUUUAUGGAUGUACUCAAUCAUGAAGAAGUUGCCUCGAGCGAAAAGCCUUUCAUUUCGUCGCAACAUUUGCCGACAUUAUCACAAAUGUGCCGAAAUUCACUAGACCAUAUCACAGUUCAAAAUUGUAUUUUGGGUUUUAGUCGAUGCUACGAAUGGCUUUUUGAUUUAGUCGCUAAAACUUCAAAUAAAGAACUAUGGGAUGCUAUGGACCAGUUCAAAAGCUUCAUUAUAUCCAAGUGGAAAACGCCUUAUCCGUUGUCGCCAACGGAAGAUCUUCUCAACGACCACGCCCGAUCCCUAGGUGUGAAGCUGGCAAUUAUCAAAUUUAUCUCAACAGUGGUCAUCACACAUACGCAGGGACCUUCGGGCAGUGGAUUUGCUUCGCUACCCGAGUCACACCCUGUUAUUCCACCUAAAACUCAACUUGGAUCAGGAGCUAAGAAACUGCUAGGCUAUCUGUUGGGAUAUCUUUCUGAAGAACCAAUGAUGGUUUCAACCUUGUUCAUGGGGGUACUCAACUGUUUGGCCUUCAUUAUGAAGCAACGGCCCCAAGCCACAAGUCAUAUCUUGGUGGGUAUUUUGAGGUUUAACGUGGACAACAAAUAUCAACAGGACUCGGAAAAGGUUUUACAAUAUCGAUUGGCGAAAAGAUUCGUGGAGCGAUGCUAUAAAAUAUUUGUUCAGUUUGGUCUGAAAUCACAGCUGAUAAAAAACUCUGGUAGUACAUCUCAAUAUCACGCUAAGCUAUCCAAGAUUUCUCAGACUCUUCACGUAAUCGGCGAGGAAACCAAAUCCAAAGGCAUCUUGAAUUUUGAACCUAAACAAGUCGAGCGAAAGAUGCCAGCGCGCGAAAGAGCAAAAUACAUUGCUUUUGUAAAAUCAUCAAAUCAGGCGGCUGCGGCAAAAGCUGAAACCCCACAACCCUCUAGACUGUCUCCAGAGAUGCAAUUAUUGCAAGCUUUACAAGAAUACACUUUGGCCAAGAGCUCAUCUACCGGGUUCUUCAAUACAUCGCCAGUCGCUAUUGACAAUACAUAUGCAUCGGCUUUCUCUCUCAUGAACAGUAAGCACUCGGAGAUAGAUAUUUCCAAACUACCAGCAAAUGUAAUUGCAAAAUUAUGCACAGAGUCGCUUUAUCAAAGUGACACGAAUAAGGUCAUUACAGGAUUGUCCAUAGUUGCUUCUCGUUAUACUGAUCUCAUGAACAAAGCCUCACGUCCUGAAGCACCGGUAAAACGUCCUCUUGAGGACGGAACUGAUGCCACACAGCUAGCUAAAAGACAAGAAACAUCAAAACCGCUCGAGGAUGAGGAAAUUUCCGAAGACGAAGACAAACAAGACUUUAUCCUAGCGCCUCCCACUCCGAUGUCUGAGGAGGAGAAAAAGGAACAUUUCGCGCGGAUCUUAGAACACAUACUUGAUGUUAGAAAAGCAGAGGCAGAGGAAGAUACGUAUGAUGAGGCGCCUGACAACCUUCUCCACAAAGUCAGACUUAUGAAAUGGAAUAGCAAGACGUCUUGGUUGACAUUGUUGACCAGAUUAGCCACUCGAGGGCUAGUUCAUAAUAGUGAAAUGAGCAACACUGCAAGACUUGCUAUUUACGAAUACUUCUUAGACGAUUUUGGCGGCCGCGUCGAUGUUGUAAUCGAAUGGCUGAGCGAGGAGUGGUACUUCGAGUCCUUGCAGAAUGGCAGCGAUUCCAAAGAAACGCCGAUUUACGACGAAUGGUCGUUGAAAGUUUUGGAUGCUCUGAUGCCGGUCUUGGAGUCCUCACAUAGGCGUUUGUUUAUUAGACUAGUGAGUGAGUUACCUCGGUUGACUCAGCUGCACAUCGAAAAAAUCAAAUCUAUCUGCCUAGACCCGCUUCGAGGCUCAUUAGGAUUUCAAUCGCUCAAAUUCAUGCUUAUGUUUAGACCUCCAGUAAAGCCUUUUAUUCAAAAACUUUUGUUAGCCAUGCGGGAUGAGGACGAAUCCGUGAAAGAGAACUGCGAAUCCAUACUGAACAAAUUCUUUUGA